AUGGGUCCGUCUUCGUCGCAACGCGAUUCCACUUCAGAAGUCUCCAUAGUCGUUCCUCUGCUAACCAACGGAAAUGAUGCCGUAAAAGUAGCCGCAAACGGCGGCGAAGAUCCCCAGCAGGACGGUUAUCUCCCGGUUCUAGAACCAUCGCUCAGCCGAGGCUCCACGGGAAGCGACGCGGUGCUGCCGCUGGGCCCUUGCCAGCGGCCGUUACCGCGGUGGCAGGUGGUGGCGUACGGUACGGGGCACAUGCUGAACGACAUCACGGCCGCGUGCUGGUUCACAUACCUCCUCAUCUACCUCUCCGACAUCGGCCUCUCCCCGCAGUACGUCCCCACGCCCUCUCCCCGCAAUGCGUCGCAGGCGGGCGUGGUGAUGCUGUCGGGCCAAUUCGCCGAUGCUGCUGCCACCCUCGUCGCCGGCGAGCUGAUCGACCAGUUCGGGCACUACAAGCUGUGGCACUUGGGCGGGUCGGUGUGCACAGUGGUGUCCUUCUCCUCCGUGUUUGGAGGCUGCCUCGUGUGCCGCCUGCUCGCCUCCAACUCCACGCUCGUUGAAACCGCCAGCUACAGCGUCUUUGCUGCCGUCUUCAACUGCGGCUGGGCCGCUACCCAGGUGUCUCACAUGGCGAUGGUGAACUGUCUGACAGGCAACCCCAGCAGCCGCGUGGCGAUGAACAGCUGUCGCAACGCCUUCACCAUGCUCGCCAACCUCGCCCUCUUCGCCAUCGCCCUCGCCGCCUUCUCCCUCUUCCCCGCCCACCACCCUGCCCAGGUGCAGGCGCAGUACCGGUGGAUCUCGUUUGUGGCGCUCACCUCGGGCGCUGCCUUCCUGCUCAUCUUCUACGCGGGGGUGCGCGAGCCCACCGUGUCCCGUGUGCCAGUGCGUCUGCCCUCCUCCCGCUCCUUCUGCACCGACCAAUCCGCCGACGACAGCACCGACCAAUCACAGCAGUGGGCAGCCAAGAACGGCCAAUCAGAGGCGGCGGAGGAGAAGGCAGUGCCAGCGUGGCUCUUUUGGUUCCGCCAGCUGGCAUACUUCCAGGUGGCGGCUGUCUACAUGUUCGUGCGACUCAUCACCAACGUCUCCCAGGCCAUGCUGCCAUUCUUCCUCAUAUUCGACCUGGGUCUGCACCCCUCCGCCAAAGCCACCGUGAGACUCCUCCUCGCCCACCUCCGCCCUGCCUGCGCCCAUGGAAACUGCAUCUCCUGCUGUUCUCACUGUCUGUUCUCACUGCCUGCUGACGCUCAUUCAUUUCUCCUCCACAUGCCCUCCCCUCUCCCUUUCUCCCUGCCCUCUCUCUACACCAUGCCACACGCCGUCAUAUCGCAGCGCUCAUUCGUCGCUCUCCUUCAAUUCUCCUCCCCCCUCUCUCCAUAUUCCGCUCUCCUCCCCUUCCCCUUGCCCCUUUUCUCCGCCACUGCGCGCCCAUCAGAUCCCAGCGCUCAUCUUCAUCUGCAGCUUCAUCACUUCCGUCGUGCUCCAGGAGCUACAUUGGGACAUGAGCCGCAUGAGGGUGGCGUUCAGCCUGGGUGCAGUGCUGUGACGGCAACGAGUCUGGAGGGGGUGUUGGUGGGGCAGCAUGUGUUGGUGUGUGCCUUUGUGUACGGCUCGCUGUCCUUCCUUGACAAGUUCACCUGCGGCAUCGCCCUCGUUGCCAUACAGGCCUUCAACUCAAAAGAAGAGUUUUGUGGUCCCACCAGCCCCACCUGUCCGCGCUCUAUUGUGCGGUGGGUCCUUUUUCUGCUGCCCCUCGUUUCAUCUCUCCUGGCGGGCGGCAUUGUGCUCACGACACACCUGGACGAGUCGUCAGAUGAAAUCACCCAGCCAUCGACAGUCCUGACCAGGCAAGUUGAGUCGCGGACGCCGUGGGACUUCGUCGCUGCGACGCCGGCCACACUCUCAGCGGCCGCGAUGUCGAAGCGGAAGCAACAACGCAAGGCCAAGGCGGCAGGUCAAACCACAACCGCGCGGACACCUGUUGGGUCGUCCGCAGCAGCUGAGAGUGCCACGUCAGCGUGUGACGACCAAUCAAAGAGUGCCGCGCAGGCAACUGAGUUUCCGACUAGCGUCAGUGAUGCUGAUUCGACGCAAGCAGCUUCGGCUGGUUGUAUUCCUGGAUCGGAAGUUUCGGCGAAUGAUGCGAUGGUGGGUGAGGAAGAGGACGAGUCGCUGGCUCGCGUUGCCACGUGUCAUCACCACAAGGGUUUAGAUCUGAAGAAGUUCACUCGCGAGCUGAAGAAACGCCACGUGGAUGCGUGCGAUCCGUGCAGCCAGCACAGCCACCGAUUGGCUAGCAGCAAGAAGAAGGAGCAUGCGGCGCCUAUAACGGGUACGGCGGAUGAGUCGCUCUGGGUGUGCCUGGUGUGCGCGCGGGGGUUUUGCGGAGAUGCGAAAAUGGCGGAAGGGGAUGCGGAAACAGGGAUUAGCUAUGGCGGAAGGGAUGGGGAAGGCGCUGGCGCGCGGGAGAGCGGCUACGGGCACGCGCAGCAGCACUGGAGCCAGCUGAAGAGCCACGCGCUGAUGGCGCACGCGCAGUCCUUGCGCGUCUGGUGCUUCCGCUGCCACCGCUGCGUGCUGCUGCGCGCCGAAACCGGCGAACGCGCGCAGGCAGUUGACUCUGAGUGCGCACAGGCAGUUGACUCUGAGUGCGCGCAGGCGGAAGAAAAUCCGGUGAAAGAGGGGGUGGAGAGACAGGGGGAGGCGGGAGGGGGAGGGGCGCGGAGUGACACGUCAGCGAAUGCUGCGACCACCCAUGCGAGUGAAGGGGGGAGCGCUGCUGGGGAUAGUGUUGCUGAGGGGGGCGUGCCAUGGGCGCAAAGCCUCCCCUUGGACCAUCCGCUCCGCGAGUUCCUCCUGCUGCUGGCGGAGAGGCGCGCGGAAGUGGCGCGCGCUAAGGCGGCGGAGCAGAGCAAAGGGGGGUCGAAGGAGGGAGCGGCGGAGAUAGGGGAGGGGCGAGGGAAGGCGAAGGAGGGGCGGGAUGCGGUGGCUGCAGCGAAGGGGAGAGAGAAGAAGAGCGGAGCGGGGAAGGGGGGGUUGUCAGGUGACGAGGUCGAGAAGGAGGCGGAAGACGGGGAGGGUGGAGAUGAGGGGGAAGGGGAGGGGGAGCGGCGGGCAGUCGGGGGAGGCGAGGGGCCGGUGCGCGGGUUGAGCAAUCUGGGCAACACGUGCUUCUUCAACUCCGUCCUUCAGAACCUUGUCGCCAUCCCUGCGCUCCGAGACCACUUCCUCGCCAAUCCGGAGCUGCCACGUGUCGAGGCGCCUGCUCUGGCGGACACGGGGACAGAGAGGCGGGGCGAUGGCGGAGGGGGCACUGAAGGUGCGGAUGCGGAUGGGGGGGAUAAGGAGGGGUUAGAGGGGAAGGUUGGAGGGGGGCGGAAAGGGGGAGGAGUGAAGGUGGGGGGGAGGAAGAGAAGGUUCAAGGGGCCCAUCGGUAUGGCCCUGAGACGCGUCUUUGAAGACUUGAACCCGGGCCUCGUGCCUGCUGCUGCUUCUGAUGCCGCUGGUGCCGUUGCUACAGCUGCCCCAGGCAGCCAAUCGGAGGAGAGCAUCUGCUGUCCGCGCGGCCACGUGGCGAGGGGCAAGGCGCUCCACUCGCGCAGAUCAACAGCCCGCGCGGGGGGAGGAGGAAAGCGGGGCGCGGGGGGGAAGCAUGGCAAGGGGGGCGGGGGAAAGCGGGCGCAGCAGCACGAGGCGGAGGGGAGGGGGUGGAAAGCGUCGCCUUACAAUCCGCGGGAGCUGUUUGGCGCGGUGUGCAGGCAGGCACCUCGGUUCAGAGGGUAUGAGCAGCAGGACAGUCACGAGCUGCUGCGGUGCCUGCUGCAGCUGCUGCAGGAGGAGGAAGACGGCACCGCUGCUGCCGCCGCUGCUGCUGCCCGCAAGAAGAAACGCCAAGCUGCAUCCGCUGCUCCCCCACCCCCUCCCCCGCUUCCCCCCCCGCCCCCGCCUCGCGAUAAUGUCCCCCCUUGCGCACCCCCCCCUCCUCCCACCCCGCCUCCGCCCCCGCCCCCUCCUCCCCCCUCUGCCCCGCCGCUUCCCCCUCCUCCCCCCUCCGCCCCGCCGCCUCCCCCUCCUCCCCCAUCCCUCCCUGCGGCGAACGCUGCAGGAGGGGCAGGGGGAAUAAAGGAGGGGGGGAAGGCGGAGGGGCAGGGGGGUUCGGGGCCAUUGGCGGGCUUGAGUGCGGGGCUGGGGCAGGCGAUGGCGCGGCUAAGGCGCGUGGAGGGGGGCGCCGCCGCGGAGGAGGUGCAGCGAAUGAGGGAGGAGAGGGGGGAGGAGGGGGGAGAGGGCAUGGGGCUGGGAUGGCUGGAGGAGGAGGGGAGCGGGGAAGAGGCAGGCGCUGUGGAGGCGGGGUGGGAGGAAGAGGAGCGGGGCGAGGGGGAAAGCGAGGAGGAGGACGAGGAUGGGGAGGAGGCAGGGCGGGAUGGGGAGGGGGGACGCGGAGGGGGAGGGGGAGAGAAUGGGAAGAGGUUGAGUGUGGUGGAGAGGCUGUUUGGCGGGGUGCUGAGCAGCACGGUGGUGUGCUGCGAGUGCGGGCACUCGUCCACUGUCAGCGAACCCUUUCUCGACCUCUCCCUCCCCAUCCCCGUUGCGCCCCCCCCGCCCUCUCCCCGCGCACACAUGGCAGUGCAGAGCAGCAGGAAGGCGCAUGUUGGUGGGAAGGGGGCGGAGCUGGGCGAGUGGACGGCGGUGGAGAAGAGGGAUGGGAAAGGCGGGCGGGGUGGCAAGGGGGAGGUGGCAGGGGGAAGGGAGGCAAAGGCAGAGGAAAGAAGGGAGGAGAGAGGGGAGGGAGGGGCGGUGGAGGGGGUGAAAGGGAGUGUGGGCGAUGGGGAAGCGAGCAAAGGACGCACAGAGACUGGCACAUGCAGCAAUGAUUCCAGUGGCAUUAGCAGCGAUGGUAACAGGAACAGCGGUAGCAAUGGUAACAGGAACAGCGGUAGCGAUGGUAACAGUGGCAUCAGCAGUUGCGUGGUGGAAGCAACGCAAGCAGGUGCUGGGAAUGGUGAGGUGGUGGCAGAGGCUCGUGAUGUGGCGGGUGACGUGUCAAGUGGUGUGGCGGAUGGUGUAGCAGGUGACGUGGCAGGUGGAGGUGUGGAAGAGGAACAGCAGGGAGCAGCAGUGGGAGGGGAAGAGGGUGGUGCAGGGGAUGGUGGUGAGGCCAGUAGCAGUGGCGAUGCUGCGAAUGGGAGCGCCGUUGACGGGAACACUGCUGAGGGGAUGGCUGCUAAGGAGAUAGUUGGUGAAGGGAGAGAUGCCGCCGAGGAGGGUGGGAAGGAGCAGAGGGUGGGAGAAGAGCAGGAGAGUGAUGGGAGAGGAGCGAGGCAAGGUGAUAACAGUGCAGUCACCGGCGCCUGCAGCAGGCCUGACGCCUCCAGCAGAGAGGGCGGUGGCAAUGCCAUGGGGAGCAGCAGCAUGGGUGCGAGUGUGGCAUGCAGCAGCAGUGCAGCGGGCGCACAGGAGGGUGGCGUUGUGAGCUCGAGCACGGAGAAGGGGCGGGGACGGAGGGUGGGAUUCCUGUCAGAUCAGCCAGAGCAGCCGCCGCAGUUGCAGCCGCAGCCGCAGGCGCAGUCGCCGCAGCUGUCACAGAAGCAGGUGCAGCAGGCGAAGCAGCAGCAGGCAGCGACGCGCAUGUCAGUGGAGGGGUGUCUGUGUGAGUUCAGCGCAGAGGAGGUGCUACGAGGGGACGAUGCGUGGGGCUGUGAUGGCUGCACCGCCAUCAGACGGAAAGAGGUGAUGCGCAGACGGAGGGAGGAGAGGCGAGGGAGGAAGGGGAAGGGCGGAGAAGGUAGUGGUGUGGUGGCUGCUGAAGGGGCGAGGGGAGAAGGGACAGAGAGUGUGGGGGAGGUGAGUGGCGAGGCGGAUAGGGUAGUGGUGGCAUCAAUUGCGACCGCAGUAGUUAGCUCUGCUUAUGAUUGGAUUGAAAGAAACGACGCGGCUGCAGCCAAGGAUGUGACUGCAGCCAAGGAUGUGACUGCAGCCAAGCAUGUGACUGCAGCGAACAGUGUGACUGCAGAGAACAGUGUGAUUGCAGAGAACGGUGUGACUGCAGCGAACAGUGUGACUGCAGAGAACAGUGUGAUUGCAGAGAACAGUGUGAUUGCAGAGAACGGUGUGACUGCAGCGAACGGUGUGACUGCAGAAAAUGUCGACCCUGCGGCGAAGGAUGCACCCGCAGCAGGCAGUGUGGCAGCAGUAGGCUGUUCCGGUGGCACUGAUGACAGCAGUCAUGUGGAAUGCAGAGACGUGGAGCAUGUGACUCCUGCCACUCCUGCUGCCGCUGGUGUUGGCGGUGGGGCAGGAGACGAACAAGGGGAGAAUGAGGAGGAGGAGUCAGAGGAGGAGGCAGAGGGGGAGGAGGAGGGGGUGCGGGUGUGCAGUGAGGCUCGGAAGUGGUACCGGGUGAACAGGGCACCGCCCGUGCUGGUGGUGCAUCUCAAGCGCUUCCGCCACGACACCCGCGGCAGGCUCUCCAAGAUCAGUGGCCACGUGGCGUUUGGCGAGUGGCUGGACCUCAGCCCCUUGGUCGACCCCCACCCCCUAACCCCACCCACCCACACCGCACCAUCACCAUCAGCAUCAUCAUCGGCACCACCCAAGCCGCUGCACACACCGCAGGCGCCUCUAGCUGUGCAGACAGGUGGCGAGGCGCCAUUGGAUGGUGUGUUGGAGGACCAGUCCCAGUCUCAGAUUGAGGCUCAGGCAAAGGGUGAGCCCCACCGGUACCGGCUGUGUGGGGUGGUGGAGCACAGCGGCACGAUGCGAGGCGGGCACUACGUGGCUUAUGUGCUGCGCGGCUGGCAGCAGCAGCAAGGGGGUGCAGCGGAUGUGCAAAGCAGUGGGGAGGCAGAUGUGGGUGCAUGCAGUGGAGCGGAGCUGGUGCAAGCAGGUGGGGCCGAGGGUGGGGGGGUCAAAGUGCAGAUCAAUGGGGUUACUGCAGAGGGCAAUGGAGUGCUGGGGAAGGUGUGUGGUGGGGGAGGGGGGCAGGCAAGGGAGUGUGGCGGAUGGGAGGGUGGGCACUGGUGGUACAUCAGUGACACGCACGCCCAGGCAACAACAUUGGAGCGGGUGCUGCGCUGUGAAGCCUACCUGCUCUUCUACCACCGCAUUGGGAGCUGA